AUGAAUUUGAAAGGAUUGGAAUUGCCUGAUAUUCCGAACUUCACAGGUCCAAUUCCAAAUGUAACUGUUCCUUUGGGAAGAGAAGCGGUACUUGAAUGUGGAAUAGAUAAUUUGUCAGCUUUCAAGGUUGCUUGGCUAAGGGUAGAUACGCAAACGAUUCUCACUAUUCACAGUCAUGUAAUCACGAAGAAUCAUCGCAUUGCGGUCACUCAUACGGAACAUCGAAAUUGGUAUUUGCACAUUCGAGAUAUCAAGGAAACUGACAUGGGUUGGUACAUGUGUCAGAUCAACACCGAUCCCAUGAAAAGCCAAAUGGGAUUCCUGAAUGUCGUCGUUCCGCCGGACAUCUUAGAUUAUCCAACCAGUAACGACCUAUUUGUGAGAGAAGGUUUAAAUGUUACUCUCCAGUGUGCAGCGACUGGCUCACCAAUACCCAAUAUAUCUUGGAGAAGAGAAGGUGGAGAAGCUAUAACAUUAAGUAACGGUGAAGAAGGUUUCGGCCCAGUCCUGGAAGGCGUCGAGGUGUUUUUGGAGGGUGAGAACGAUGUAGUUCAGGUUUCGGUUUGA